AAAAAUCUGUCGACAUGCCGGACAAAAUAUGCCAGACAUGCAAAACAACGCUAUUUCAAUUUCAUGUGUUUAAACAAAAAUGUCGUCGUGCGGAAAAUUUAUUGCGAUCGAUGUUGGAACACAGACCAUCACUUACACUCGCUGAAGGAACACAAGGUACUGAAUCAGAAGACAAUCAUUACGUGGAGGAAGAGACUACACUUGUCCAGGAAGCGGGUGAAUUGUAUAGCAAUCAGGAACUUCCUCUAUCAGUGGAAUAUGUGGAAGAAACAGUCGAAGAAGAGGUUAUGGGAGUUAUAAGUAGUGACAGCGAAGCUUUUCCUCCUGAAGAGUGGGACAAUUUCGUUGUCCAAUCACCGGAUACCUUCCGUCCGUCCAGGGACUCUAACAUUAAUAUUCUUGAUGAUGGGAUGAUUUCAAAGUUUCCUAAUUUUGCGAAUGAUUCGUCGAAAUGUGUGUCGUCCAUGGAUAAUAGCAUGAAAACAAUGGCAAACAAUGGCUAUGUUUGUGACAUAUGCGGUAAAGUAGCAAUCUCCAGAUCACGCUUGACGAAGCAUAUGAAGCUGCAUAAUGAUUCAAAAAUUGUACUAGAUCAUAUGCGAUUUUUUUCUUGCACCUUCUGUGAAUAUGUGUUUCUGCGGGAAGAAAAUUUAGAUGAACACAAUCGUCGGUGUACUGGAAGAUUAACGCACAACCAGGAAGACGGUGAUGAAUGUAAUCACGUAAGAAAAAGUUUGGAAACACGUUCUACGUGCAAUGUCGGCAAUGUCUGUGGAAUCUGUGAUGCGAAGUAUGAGAAUAUGCUGAACCUCAAACAGCAUAUAAUAACCCAUUUGGAUAAAUUUCCAUGUCCGUUGGAGGCUUGCGGAUGUGAGUAUGCGUCACUGGCAAGAUUGAACAUUCACAUUAGCACUCAACAUGUAGAAUACCUGUCGCCAAACUGUCCCCACUGUAAGGAGGAAAUCGAUCGGGUCGAUAUCACGCAACAUGUGCGAUUAUUUUGUAAAGCGAAACAAUUUGAGUGCACCCAUUGUGAUAGGAAAUUUCUUUCGUGGAAAGCUUUGUCCCAGCAUUUACGAAAACUUCAACAAACCUUCCCGUGCACACAGUGUGAUAAAUCAUUUUCCUCGCAGGCAUCAUUGAAACUGCACGAACGUACGCAUACCGGGGAGCGACCGUAUGUCUGUACAAUCUGCAAUAAAUCGUACAAAACGCCAGGCAUGCGGACAGCACACAUGGAUACGCAUAUUGAAGGGAAAACGUUUAAAUGUGACAUGUGUGGUAAAUUUCUUCAAACGCGUGCCUGCUACCGAAACCACGUAAAACGGCAUUUAGAACAGCGCAAUCAUGAAUGUUUCGUGUGUGGGAAGAAGUUUUUCCAAAAAUGUACUCUUCGUGUACAUUUGAAGAUGGUACACAGAGUAUCGCGUGAUGUGACGUGAUGCGUAAUAAAUUAAUGCAACCAUGACCGCAAGCGACGGAAAGACAAAUGGCACGGAUUAUUGUGCAAUCAGUAGGUAAAAUUUAUUUCCGUGCUUACGUUUAAGCCUGGCUUCAUUUUAACUACACCUGAAUCAUUGAAAAGUUGCCAGUGGUCUUCGAUUUUCUGCUCGAAUCGUCAAGGCAAGCUUGAUGCUUUUAGCGCAAAUAAUGGUGGUUGCAUGGUCAGCUAGGUACGCAACAGCGGGACACGCCAACUUCAAAAAGCCAUCGCCGAUAAGUUGCUCCCGUAAGACGUAUGACAUGACAUCAGCCGUCGUUCGUUUCCCAGUUGGCAGACGGUCGGUAAAAUAGCGCCAUUAAACCUAAGGACAGCGAUGAUAGGAAUCAGCCGAAAAUGGCAUUCCCGGGCAAGCACCGUGAUCCGUGAUAAGUUUAUAAUGAAGUGGAAAACCCGACCCGACCAUCCAAUAGGGGAUAGCGUGAACAAAAUACGGACAGUGGUUCUUAAAUUAUCUUCCGCUCUCUCGACUUGAAAACACCCAACGGACGGUUUUUGUGGAUGCGAUGCGGUAAGUGAUGACACCGGACCGAACUGGUUUUUCCUAUGGUAGGGUUAUGUUUUCUGCCGUUCCAGCAUGGUUUGAAGUUCGAACAGCAUAUCCUCGUCGAAAUGUUUAGCAGCACGAAAAGACGAUGGCUAAACGUAGAGGUCUGUCCUUGCCGUAGGUAAUUAUUGUGCCGCAGAAUAAAUGGGUACGUAAUUUUUCUUCUACCUUCCCAUGGGGUUAGUCAUGCGUAGGACAUCGUUCAGUUUCAGUUCUUUUUUUUGUCAAAGCAACGAGAAUACGCUAAAGGAGCCGAUGAAUUGACUUUUUGUGCAUUGAAAGCAGCUGUAUUUAACGAUCGUUGCUGUUCGAAUUUCAGUAUUCUUGCACAGUGGGUAAUGGGGAAUGCUAUUUUUUGGGUGGAUUUAGAACAUUUUAUACCUUAUAAAAAUGAGAAUGUGACAAAACUUUGUUUGAAAAAUUGUUCAACUAUUUUGCAUUUGAAUUUUUUUAUUUGUAGCAUUUCCUAUUUUUGUCAUAAUCUGUUCCAUUUAUUAUAAAUUUAUCUUUAGUGACCUAAAUUUUGUAAGGUAAAUUUAAAUGUUUUAAUCAUUUGUGCAUUUUUGGACAGCUGUUUCGUUAUUUAAUUCUUCUGCUUUAAACGCGGGUAGUUUAAAGUACGAAUUCCCACUAUAACCGUCCAAAACAGUUAAUGAGGUAUGCUGAAGGUUUUUGGAACUCAAAAUCCCUUGCUCGUUUGCGUUUAACGCACAGGUGUUGGUCGUUCUAGCUAUAAUUGAUCGUAGUCGUUCUCUGAUGUCGUGCAACUGAUAGGUUUCAAACACAAGCCGCACCGUACACAAUGCUCAUGGGAAAUAAAUGAAACAUUGGAUUUAAGUUUAAGUUAAAAUUUUGUUCUUUUAUUGUGUGCAUAUCUAGCGAAGAUUUUUUUUUCACAAGAGUUCUAUAGAACAAUCUCUAUAGCAUUCGCCAUAUCCGAAAUUUGUUCAUGGUGAAUAUUUUCUAGCAGGAGUUUCAACAAGCAUGGCAUACAGUUUGUCCUUCACUGUUGCAAUACGGACGGGGUUUUAAGAUGUUACCACAGAACGACACCGGUGUGUUCGAUGAACGGAAAUUGGAACGACAGUCGAGAUCAGCAUCGGUUCCAAGCAGCCGCAAACGGAAACCCACAAGCUUUGAAAUUGAAUUCAAGUUCGUCGAAUUUCGUAUGUGCAUUUGCUUCCGAAUAGUCGGUGAACUUUUGUGUUCUUGAUAAGUUGGCUGAUAAUUAGCUAUUGGAUAGGAAAUGGUUUAAUGAAAGUAUGUAGGUGCCUAACCGAGCUGAGUUUAGAACAUUCUUAUUUUAAAAAACUAUCGGUAAAAAUGCUGCUUAGUGUAAUUUUUUAAAAAUUAGUAUAUUGUGCUAAUAAAUUAAUAAAUAUUGAAUCAAAAUCGCUAAUGAAAUUCGUCUGCUUUUAAAACGAUUAAUUUUCAAACCACUUAACUAAGAUAAGUUGAUGGAUUUCAUAAAAAUGAUAAGUGAAAAACUGUGCUAUAAAACAAACAGAAAUUACUUUAAAAAUAAAACUACUGAUCAAGAGCUAGUAAAU